GGCUGAAGCUCGGCUCAGUGUAGGACAUCCUGAUGGCUGCGGUCUUUCUGGUAACGCUUUAUGAGUAUUCGCCGCUUUUCUACAUCGCAGUGGUCUUUACUUGCUUCAUCGUGACCACCGGCCUGGUAUUGGGAUGGUUUGGUUGGGAUGUUCCAGUAAUUUUGAGAAAUUCAGAAGAGACCCAGUUCAACACAAGAGUUUUCAAAAAGCAAAUGAGACAAGUCAAGAAUCCUUUUGGCUUAGAGAUCACCAAUCCAUCUACAGCUUCAAUUACAACCGGCAUAACUUUGACAACAGACUGCCUUGAAGAUAGCCUCUUGACAUGCUACUGGGGGUGCAGUGUCCAAAAACUCUAUGAAGCUCUGCAGAAGCACUUUUAUUGCUUCCGAAUAAGCACCCCCCGAGCCCUGGAAGAUGCUCUGUAUAGUGAAUAUCUCUAUCAAGAGCAGUAUUUUAUUAAGAAGGACAGCAAAGAAGAAAUAUAUUGCCAGUUACCAAGAGAUACUAAAAUUGAAGACUUUGGUACAGUGCCCAGAUCUCGCUAUCCGUUGGUAGCACUGUUGACCCUAGCUGAUGAGGAAGACCGAGAAAUUUAUGACAUUAUUUCCAUGGUGUCAGUAAUUCAUAUUCCUGAUAAAACGUAUAAACUUUCGUGUAGAAUAUUGUAUCAAUAUUUACUCCUGGCUCAAGGUCAAUUUCAUGAUCUUAAGCAACUCUUCAUGUCUGCAAAUAAUAAUUCCACUCCCUCCAGCAAUUCAUCUCCAGAAGAAAAAAGCAGAGAGCGCAGUUUGCUGGAAAAGGCCGGGCUGUCCGAGAGCGAGGCGGAGCCUCCAGAGGAGAACAUCAAGGACUGUGUGGUUUGCCAGAAUGGAACUGUGAACUGGGUGCUGCUGCCCUGUCGGCACGCGUGUUUGUGUGACGGCUGUGUUCGCUAUUUCCAGCAGUGCCCCAUGUGCAGGCAGUUCGUUCAGGAGUCUUUUACACUUUGUAGUCAAAAGGAGCCAGAGAAAGACAAACUGAAAGCUCUUUGAGAGUGUUGUUACGACUGAAAAGUAUACUUUCCACUGAAGAUGGAGAAAUUUGUGUUUUGGAAUUGAUCAUAACAUGGAAUCUACAGCGUUGACCAUCAGUGAAAAUUCUAUUUUAACUUCACCUUUGUAUGGUACAUGGAUGAUGACAUGAAUUCCUUCCUGUCCCAUAUGCUAAAUACUGGAAUACCAUCUGUGUUAAUACAUAAAAAAUGCAUUCAGCUCUUGGGAAGAAUGUAAAUGUUUGGCCUUUUAUCAGCUAGCGGAGUUCACAUGAUGCUGAUUAGGAAAAAUCCUGAAAAGCAGUCCAUCUAAAAUCUGAGGAGGUAAAAGUCAAGAUCUCUGGAUGUUUUUGCCUUUGACAUCAUCUGGAUUGCAAUUGGGAAAAAACUGAAUUCUCCCUAAAGGAAUUGUAUGUUCCCCAGUUUCUAAAGGAGUUGGAAAGUGCUUCUAACUCUAAAUCUUUUCCUAAAAUAACAGUUUUUAUAAAGAUCCAUCUAAUUUUCCUUAUAGUCACAUAAAAACAAGUCUUAAUUUUAAUAUAGCAUCUUAAAUCAUAAAUGUGAGACGCAAUUCUUGUCUGUUCUCAGUGUACCAUAGAUUAAAAUGAUACUCAUCUAUAGGAAGCAGAUAUAUAAAACUUGGAUAAUAAAAUGUCUUGGAUAAUUAAAUUUAUUGUCAAGUAUGAUUAGCUUAGCAGAAUGUGACCUAUCAGGGAAGAACUGUGAAACUUGUAAUGCCUUACUUUAGAUUUCCUCCUGUGUAGCAAAUCCUUCUAAAACCAAAAAAGUUUUAGAGCCAGAAAAGCUGUUAAGAGAAACAACUAUUUUUUUCUACUCUAUUUUUAUUCCAAAUAAACCCAUAUCCUCCAGAGUAGUAACCUGAUAGGCAAAAAGCCCCAUCCCUCCUGCUUUCUAAGAUGACAAAGAAGAAAAAGGUAAAUCAGAGCUUUUCUGUGUCUUCAGGGGAAAUUACCUUCCAUUGACCAAGAAAUUAGAUCAUGGCAAAUAAACUGAACUUCAGGGAAA